AUGGUCACGCUGUACAGUUCCGGUUGUGGUUUCGGAUGUCAGCUCCACCACAUAGUGUAUUGUUUAAUAUUUGCGUACGCAACAGAGAGAACCUUAAUAUUAAACUCAAAAGGUUGGAGAUACAACAACAAGGGCUGGGAUUAUGUUUUUUAUCCGAUAUCGGACAGUUGCACCAGCGCCUACGACGAUAAAGUUAUACAGUGGCCAGAUGCCCGCCGGAAAUACCCCGAGUACGAGUUCCUCGGCGACCCGUCCAUAGCCAAGACGGCGGCCACGCACCGGCGCUACACGCCGCUGUCGCUCACCGGCCUGCUCGUGGACCUGCACAUGCUGGCCAUGUGCGACUACAUCGUCUGCACAUUCAGCAGUCAGGUGGGUCGGGUGGCGUACGAGAUGAUGCAGACUAACCGCGUGGACGCGUCGGAUAGUUUCUUCUCUUUGGACGACAUUUACUACUUCGGAGGGCAGAACGCGCACGACCGAGUCGUCGUGCUGCCGCACACGCCACUAGACAAUCAGGAUAUCGCACUACAGGUAACUAACUAUACCCAUUCACCACUGACAACUCACAACUCACCACUGACAACUCGCAUCUCACCACAGACAUUGCAUAACUUACCACUGACGACGCACAACUUACCACUCACCACAGACAACACGCAACUCAUCAUUUAUCACUCACCACUGACGACUCACAACUCACCACUCACUACUGACGAUUCACAACUCACCACUCACUACUGA